AACCCCACAAAAGCAUUUAAAUUCGUGGCCAUGAAAGCCAUGGAGAUUCUCAACGCAAACAAGUAAAGGGACAGUGCCAACACAACCAACUGAAGCAAUCAUCUUCAUCAUUCAAAUUAUAAAUUAUAAAUAUACACAUCAAAUUCAAAACUAAUUGUUCCAUUAUUUUCUUCAAGUCAAUUACUAUUAGCUCUGUCUCUGUAUACCCAUUUGCUAAUAGAUGGAGCGUUAUCAGAUAUUGAAAGAUAUUGGGUCUGGCAAUUUUGGUGUUGCUAAGCUUGUUAGAGAUACUUGGAGUGGUGAAUUAUAUGCAGUCAAGUAUAUUGAGAGAGGCCAAAAGAUUGAUGAGCAUGUGCAGAGAGAGAUCAUGAACCACAGGUCAUUGAAGCAUCCCAACAUAAUUAGAUUCAAAGAGGUUUUUCUCACACCAACUCAUUUAGCCAUAGUCAUGGAAUAUGCAGCUGGGGGAGAACUUUUUGAGAGAAUAUGCAAUGCUGGCAGAUUCAGUGAAGAUGAGGCACGAUUUUUCUUUCAACAACUAAUAUCAGGAGUUAGCUAUUGCCAUUCUAUGCAAAUUUGCCAUAGAGAUCUUAAGCUGGAAAAUACCCUUUUGGAUGGAAGCUCAGCGCCGCAACUCAAGAUAUGUGACUUUGGCUAUUCCAAGUCUUCUGUAUUGCAUUCUCAACCUAAGUCUACAGUGGGAACACCAGCCUAUAUUGCACCAGAAGUCUUGUCAAGGAAAGAAUAUGAUGGGAAGAUAGCAGAUGUUUGGUCUUGUGGGGUUACCUUGUAUGUGAUGCUAGUUGGCGCUUAUCCAUUUGAAGAUCCUGAAGAUCCAAGAAACUUCAGAAAAACUAUUCAGAGGAUUCUGAGUGUCCACUAUUCCAUUCCUGAUUAUGUUAGAGUUUCUGCAGCAUGUAAACAUCUUCUGUCUAGGAUUUUUGUAGCUAACCCAGAAAAGAGAAUAACGAUACCAGAAAUCAAAAAGCACCCUUGGUUCCUGAAGGACUUGCCUAAAGAAUUCAUGGACGAUGAGGAAGGAAUCCUGCAAAAUAAUGAUAAAGGUGAAGAAUCUCAAAGCAUUGAAGAUAUACUAGGUAUAAUUCAAGAGGCAAGAAAAGCUGCAGAGGGUCAAAAAAUUGGACAUUUAAUUGGAGGAAGCAUGGAUCUUGAUGAUAUAGAUGAUGCUGACAUUGAUGAUAUAGAGACAAGUGGUGAUUUUGUUUGUGCUCUAUGAGUGUAACUGAGAAUGGCAGUUUAAAGAUAUAUAAAGCCAUUAUUUUCACGUAUAGUCAGUUGAUUUUCUUUAGCCAAGGAAGUUAUUGUGUUUUUUCUUUUUGGGUUUGUGUAUAGAGACCAUUUGUAAUAAUUCUCUUAAUUCUGCUUUCCUUUCUUCCUAUC